GGGGGGAGGGCUCACGGCCACGUGGGGGGAGGGCUCACGGCCACGUGGGGGAGGGCUCACGGCCACGCGACCGCGUCCGCUCUGCCUGCAGGGCCGGGGGCGCGCCGAGCGACCCGGAAGCCCGGACACGCCUCCGCGGUGUCCGGGUUUACACAAGCACUGCCCCGGGACCUGCCAGCAUCGGGGAGACGCCCAGUGCACAGCGCAUCUGCAAUGGCUGAACGUCGGGAUUUCUCCAAACUGGAGCGCGGGGAGGGUGAGGCGGUUCCCCGCGGGCGCCCGGGACUUUCCCACUCACCAGGGAGCACGCCGCCGCCUGCGCUGAGCCGGCCCUUCAAUUCCAGCUCGCCGCCGUCGAGAACGGUCUCCGGACGGCCCUGCACGGAACCUCUAGUCUGUGUUGGCUCUGAGAAGCCGGAAACACCUGCCACAGGCCCCCGCAGCCUCCAACUCGGAGUCGGGGACUUCUAAGUUAGGAAAGCUGCAGAGCGGGGGCGGCAGACAGCAAGCUGUGGAAGCUGACAGGCCCCGGGGCACACAGCCCAGCUGACGUGGGCCGGCUCAGAGAGACGGCUCCAACUCCACGGCUGGACUCCUUCGCUCUGUGGCGCCAUGUUCAUCCACCUGUCAAUCAGGCGACCCCUGACCAGGAAGUACCGCCUCUCACCGCGACGUGGGGCGGAGCCACGUAAACACGUCCGGUUUUCCCGCCUAUAAAAGGCUAGGGAGACCGGAAGUGCACGGUCUCGCCUCUACUGGACUGAGGGUGGACGCAGCAGGGUGUGGUCAUUCCCUUCCUCUGGCCCCGUUCUCCCUGAAUGGAGCCCUAAUGAGCCUGUGUGUUUCCCUCACUUUGUAUGUCUUCACCGUCAUUUACACCUUCGAAGCGCUGCUGAAGAUACUGGCCAGGGGGUUCUGUCUGAAUGAGUUCACUUACCUACGAGACCCUUGGAACUGGCUGGACUUCAGUGUCAUCACCCUGGCAUACGUGGCCAUCGCCAAAGACCUCCGAGGGAUCUCCGGCCUGCGGACAUUCAGGGUUCUCCGAGCACUGAAAACCUUUUCGGUGAUUCCAGGACUGAAGGUCAUCGUGGGGGCGCUGGUGCACUCGGUGCGGAAGCUGGUGGACGUGACCAUCCUCACCAUCUUCUGCCUGAGUGUCUUCGCCCUGGUGGGCCUGCAGCUCUUCAAAGGCAACCUCAAGAACAAGUGCAUCAGGAAUGACUCUGCUCUCUACGACGGGGCCAACUACUCACUCGACAUUGAAAGCUCCUACGUCAACAAGCCAGGCACGUCUGAGCCUCUGCUGUGCGGCAACGGAUCUGAUGCGGGCCACUGCCCUGCUGGUUCUGUCUGCCGUAAAACUUCUCAGAACCCGGAUUUUAACUACACCAGCUUUGACUCCUUUGCUUGGGCUUUGCUGUCUCUGUUCCGCCUCAUGACACAGGACUCCUGGGAGCGCCUCUACCAGCAGACGCUGAGGGCUUCUGGCAAGAUGUACAUGGUCUUCUUCGUGCUUGUCAUCUUCCUGGGGUCUUUCUACCUGGUCAAUUUGAUCUUGGCUGUGGUCACCAUGGCGUAUGAGGAGCAGAACCAGGCGACCAUGGCCGAGAUUGAAGCAAAGGAGAAGCAGUUCGAGGAGACCCUCGAGCUGCUAAGGAAGGAGCAGGAGGUUCUGACAGCGCUGGGGGUUGACACAGCCUCCCUGCACUCCCACAGUGGGUCACCCUUAGCCUCCAAAAAUGCCAGUGAGAGAAGGCACAGAACGAAGCCGAGGGUGUCAGAGGGCUCCACAGACGACAACAAGUCAUCACAGUCCGAGCGUUACAACCAGCGCAGGAUGUCUUUCCUAGGCCUGAACUCUGGGAGGCGCCGGGCUAGCCACGGCAGUGUCUUUCACUUCCGAGCCUCUGACCGAGAUGCCUCAUUCCAUGAUGGGGUCACAGAUGAUGGAGUCUUUCAUGGAGAUCAGGAAAGCCAUCAGGGCCCUGGACAACAAGGCCCUCUCCCUAGGAGCCCACUCACUCAACGCCCCAACCCUGGCUCAGGGCAUGGAAAAGAUGGACACCUCACGUUGCCCACCAGUGAGCCUGCUCCUGGAGCCACUGAAGUCUUGGCCUCUGAUGCAGGGAAGGCGAAGGCGUUCUUGUCAGCAGAGUACUUGGAUGAGCCCCUCAGGACCCAAAGGGCGAUGAGCGUCGUCAGCAUCAUGACCUCCGUGAUCGAGGAACUGGAGGAGUCGGAACAGAGGUGCCCGCCGUGCCUGACCGGCCUGGCUCAGAAGUACCUCAUCUGGGAGUGCUGCCCCACGUGGGUGCGGCUCAAGAGCAGGCUCUUCGAGCUGGUGACCGACCCCUUCACCGAGCUCACCGUCACCCUGUGCAUCGUGGUGAACACCAUCUUCAUGGCCAUGGAGCACCACGGCAUGAGCAGCACGUUCGACACCAUGCUGCAGACAGGCAACAUCGUGUUUACCAUAUUUUUUACUGCGGAAAUGGUCUUCAAAAUCAUCGCCUUCGACCCCUACUAUUACUUCCAGAAAAGGUGGAACAUCUUCGACUGCAUCAUCGUGACUGUGAGCCUGCUGGAGCUGGGCAUGUCCAAGAAGGGCAGCUUGUCCGUGCUGCGCACCUUCCGCUUGCUGCGGGUCUUCAAGCUGGCCAAGUCCUGGCCCACCCUGAACACGCUCAUCAAGAUCAUCGGGAACUCAGUGGGGGCCCUGGGGAACCUCACCAUCAUCCUGGCCAUCAUCGUCUUCAUCUUCGCCCUGGUUGGCAAGCAGCUCCUGGGCGAAAGCUACUUCCAAAACAGGGAGAAAAUCUCUGAAUCCAGCGGGCAGCUGCCCCGCUGGCACAUGCACGACUUCUUCCACUCCUUCCUCAUCGUCUUCCGGAUCCUCUGCGGAGAGUGGAUCGAGAACAUGUGGAGCUGCAUGCAGGUCGGCCAGGCAGCCAUGUGCCUCGUCCUCUUCUUGACGGUGAUGGUGCUGGGGAACCUGGUGGUGCUCAACCUGUUCAUCGCCCUGCUGCUCAACUCCUUCAGUGCCGACAACCUCACUGCCCCGGAGGAAGAUGGGGAGGUGAACAACCUGCAGGUGGCCCUGGCGCGGAUCCAGGUGUUCGGCCGGCGCGCCUGGCAGUCCCUCCGCAGCUUCUUCAGCAGGCACUGCCGGCUCCCCCCACCCAAGGCACAGCCCCCGCUGCCGGUGAAGCUGCCGCUGUCCAGCUCCAAAGCCGAGAACUGCAUUGCUGCCGAUGCGGCCGCGGGCAGCCCUGGAGGGCUCCCAGCUCCCCAGGGCCCCAAGGGUGGACCCGGCGAUUUAAUCAGCAGCUCCACCGUGUGGGUCUCUGUGCCCAUUGCUGAGGGUGAAUCCGACCUGGACGACUUGGAAGAGGACGGUGAACAGGAGUCCCAGAGCGCCGGGCAGGAUGGGGUCCCCAGAGGACAGCAGAAACAGCUGCAGCAAGUCGGGGCACCCGGGAGCCCUGGCUCUGGGACAUCUUCCGAGGACCUGGCCCCGUACCUGCGGGAGAAGCGGGCCGACGAGGACGCGCUUCAGGUGCCCGCAGAGGGCGUGGAGGACACCAGCUCCUCGGAGGGCAGCACGGUGGACUGCCUGGAUCCUGAGGAGAUCCUGCGCAAGAUCCCGGAGCUGGCGGAUGACCUGGAAGAGCCAGAGGACUGCUUCACAGACGGCUGCCUUCGCCGCUGUCCUUGUUGCAAAGUGAACACUGCCAAGUUCCCGUGGUCCGUGGGCUGGCAGGUGCGCAAGACCUGCUACCGCAUCGUGGAGCACAGCUGGUUCGAGAGCUUCAUCAUCUUCAUGAUCCUGCUCAGCAGUGGGGCGCUGGCCUUUGAAGACUGCUACCUGGACAAGAAGCCCACGGUGCAGGCCCUGCUGGAAUACACGGACCGGGUGUUCACCUUCGUCUUCGUGCUGGAGAUGGUGCUCAAGUGGGUGGCCUACGGCUUCAAGAAGUACUUCACCAACGCCUGGUGCUGGCUGGACUUCCUCAUCGUGGCCAUCUCCCUGACAAGCCUCAUCGCCAAGAUCCUGAAGUACUCGGAUGUGGAGUCCAUCAAAGCCCUGCGGACCCUCCGCGCCCUGCGCCCGCUGCGCGCCCUGUCUCGAUUUGAAGGCAUGCGGGUGGUGGUGGAUGCCCUGGUGGGCGCCAUCCCGUCCAUCAUGAACGUCCUCCUCGUCUGCCUCAUCUUCUGGCUCAUCUUCAGCAUCAUGGGCGUGAACCUGUUCGCCGGCAAGUUUUGGAAGUGCAUCAACACCACCGAGGAAGUGUUUUCCAUAGUGCCAUUCUCCAUUGUGGACAACAAGUCUGACUGUAUGGCUCACAAUGACUCUCGCAAGCUCUUCUGGGUCAACGUCAAAGUCAACUUUGAUAACGUUGCCAUGGGCUACCUCGCGCUGCUCCAGGUGGCAACCUUCAAGGGCUGGAUGGAAAUCAUGUACGCAGCUGUUGAUUCCCGAGACGUCAACUGCCAGCCCAAGUGGGAGGAAAACCUGUACAUGUACCUGUACUUUGUCAUCUUCAUCAUUUUCGGAGGCUUCUUCACCCUGAAUCUCUUUGUUGGGGUCAUAAUUGACAACUUCAAUCAACAGAAGAAAAAGAUAAGGGGCCAGGACAUCUUCAUGACGGAGGAGCAGAAGAAGUACUACAACGCCAUGAAGAAGCUGGGCUCCAAGAAGCCCCAGAAGCCCAUCCCGCGGCCCCUGAACAAGUGCCAGGGCUUCGUCUUUGACAUCGUGACCACACAAGCUUUUGACAUCGCCAUCAUGGCCCUCAUCUGCCUCAACAUGAUCACCAUGAUGGUGGAGACUGAUGACCAGAGCGAGGAGAAGGCCCAGGUCCUCAGCAGGAUCAACCAGUUCUUCGUGGCUGUCUUCACGGCCGAGUGUGUGCUGAAGAUAUUCGCCUUAAGGCAUUACUACUUCACCAGCGGCUGGAAUGUGUUUGACUUCAUCGUCAUGGUCCUCUCCAUUGGGAGCCUGCUGUUUUCCGCCCUUCUUAAGUCGGUUGAAAGUCUCAUCUCCCCGACGCUCCUCCGCGUCAUCCGCCUGGCCCGAAUCGGCCGCAUCCUCCGGCUCAUCCGGGCGGCCAAGGGCAUUCGCACGCUGCUGUUCGCCCUCUUGAUGUCCCUGCCCGCCCUCUUCAACAUCGGGCUGCUGCUCUUCCUGGUCAUGUUCAUCUACUCCAUCUUCGGCAUGGCCAGCUUUCCCCAUGUGAACCACGAGGCCGGCAUCGACGACAUGUUCAACUUCCAGACCUUCGCCAACAGCAUGCUGUGCCUCUUCCAGAUCACCACGUCGGCCGGCUGGGACGGCCUGCUCAGCCCCAUCCUCAACACGGGGCCGCCCUACUGCGACCCCAGCCUGCCCACCGGCAGCGGCUCCCGGGGCAACUGCGGCAGCCCCGCCGUGGGCAUCCUCUUCUUCACCACCUACAUCAUCAUCUCCUUCCUCAUCGUGGUCAACAUGUAUAUCGCCAUCAUCCUGGAGAACUUCAGCGUGGCCACGGAGGAGAGCACGGAGCCGCUGAGCGAGGACGACUUCGACAUGUUCUACGAGAUCUGGAAGAAGUUCGACCCCGAGGCCACGCAGUUCAUCGCCUUUUCUGCCCUCUCAAAUUUUGCAGACAAUCUCUCCGGCCCCCUGCGAAUCCCAAAACCCAACCAGCACAUCUUAAUGCAGAUGGACCUGCCCUUGGUCCCUGGGGAUAAGAUCCACUGCUUGGACAUCCUGUUUGCCUUCACCAAGCAUGUGCUGGGAGACUCCGGCGACUUGGAUUCUCUGAAGGCAAAUAUGGAAGAGAAGUUUAUGGCUACUAAUCUUUCCAAAGCGUCCUACGAGCCAAUAGCAACCACCCUCCGGUGGAAGCAGGAAGACAUUUCAGCCACUGUCAUUCAAAAGGCCUAUCGGAGCUACGUGCUGCACCGCUCCUCGGCCCUCGCCAACCCCCUGGGGGUGCCCAGGGCAGAGGGGGAGGUCGGGCCACCCCCAGGAGAUGAAGAUUGUGCGCUUCCAGACAGAUCUGAGAGUGCGUCUGCCACGUCUUUCCCGCCAUCCUAUGACAGCGUGACCAGGGGCCUCAACGAUGCCGUGCGCGCGAGCGCCUCCAGUUCACUGCAAGAUGCAGACGAAGCCACCAGUAACGAGGUGACGGCCCCCGGGCCCUAGCGAGGCUACCCCGCUGGGACAUAUCCGGUUCGGAUGGGUUUCUCUGCUCUGUGCUCGCUCUUGCCCGCUCUGGAGGUCACCCAGCCCCAUCCUCACCACUGCACGCCCCUGGUCACCAAGUCAGAACUGGGCAAGGCUGCAGCUGGGCGAGCCUUCCUCCCGACGGGUGUCAGAAGCCAAGAGGGUCUCCAUGGUGACGUCCCUUCCGAAUUUCACCAUCAGAGCAUGGGGUCUCUUCCUUUCCGGAACACGUCCUGGUCCUUUAACUUCGACUAUGACCAGAGGCCAUGUUUACCAAGACAGACUUCUCCGGACAGAACCCGCAGGCAUGUGGCCGCGUGGAAGCUGCCGUGUUACUUAGGGCCCUGCAUGACUGCAUGCUGAGAGCUGGCGGACAGCUGCCCUGGCCUGGUAACACCUGUGCUCUGCACAAAAGGCCUGGGGGGUUUCAUUCAGAGUUCCUAUUUCUAAAGGGACAGCAAGGCCAGCGCCGCAUCUCAAGACGUCAUCUUGUUUCUUCUUGCGUGUGUGGUGCUGACCGUUGGGAGUCACCUCCCGUUCAGGACUCCUGAUGCCCUGCAGCUUGAUCGGGAGGCUGGGUGGGGCAGGGGGAUCCCUCCCUGGGAGCUGCAGAGGCCGGCCACCCCUCCCACAGAUUGCUGGCAGACCAGGGCCAAGGUCUCCGCCCUCUGCACCUUGGUCUCUCCCAGAGUGAAUGCGUUCGGCACCCCUCCAUCUCAGGGUGGAACUCAGUGGUCACUGUCCCCACUGGUGAUGGGAAAGCACUCUGCUGAGGCUGCGUGGGGAGACCUCUCUGCCAAGUUGCCACGGAGGCUGUGGACGCAUCCCAGAGCCCAGCUCAAAGUCAGACUUUCAGGAGCAGAGUCUGCACGUCCCCUAGGGCCAGAACUCCAUGGUUAGUCCAAUCAAAGAAAGACCGGGGGCGGCGCUGUGGCCGCAUAGGUUAACCUCCACCUGUGGCGCCGGCAUUCCUUGCGGGCGCCGGUUCAAGUCUUGGCUGCUCCACUUCCAGUCCAGCUCCUUGCUCAUGCACCUGGGAAGGCAGUGGAAGGCGGCCCAGUGCUUGGGCCCUGCCCCCCGUGUGGGCGGCCCAGAGGAAGCCCAGGCUCCUGUUUUCAGAUGGGCCCUGCUCCAGCCAUUGCAGCCUUUUGGGGAGUGAACCAGCAGAUGGAAGACCUCUUUCUCUCUGUCUCUCCCUCUCUCUCUCUCUCUGUAACUCUGCCUCUCAAAUAAAUAAGUAAAUCUUAAAAAAGAA